GAAGCGGCACUGGCGUUUGAACUGAUGACCAUAACAACUUGGCCGUUCAGCUCCUGCCAAAAUUGCAGCCUAAUGAGCGCGGGAGUCGAUUUUUUUUCGUCCUUAAGCGGUACCGGGAAUCUACUGCGUGCCGCGUCUCCGUCCAUUCCCUCCGGCGGACUGCCCACACGGGCCGUUCAAUUUUAACGGGAGAUUCAAGCAGAGCCCGGUCACCGACCCAGGCAGCUGCUUCAUUCAGUCUCGAUGCAGCUUCAUUUCAUUGCAGUUCCAAACAAUGGCGUGAAGCUUCGAGCUUGAGGAGUGCCGCUAUCGUCCGACGUUCUUGACUCCUUGAGGAGUCCCACCAUCGCCACAGCGUGACUCUCUCUCUCUCUCUCUCUCUCUCUCUCUCUCUCUCUCGCACAAGGAAAUUCCCGUUGUUGCCCACCAGCUGUCUUUCGCGGCAGGUAAUUUGGCCAGGCUCUCAUAAUCUGCUGGUAAAUGGACGCGAUGGGCUUCAAUCCUACUGUACCAUGGAGGUACUUCUGUGAAGGGUUCUCCCUCCAAUCUCAUGAGGCCCUCAAUCAGAAGAGACUUCCAUCUUGGAAAUUGGAGGCUGCCUUCCGAUCGGAUGCACGGCUUCGGCAGUGUGCUGCCUUUAUAGUACCUCAAAACAGAAGAGUUCAACUCACCAGAAUUAGAAGCCAUUUGCAGAAGAGAAGCAAGCAAACAGUUGCUCAACACGUUGGGUCUGGUGAAGAGAAUCUUGACACAAAUUCUCCAUUGGUUAAGAUGUGUGGCAUUACUUCUGCCAGGGAUGCAGAAAUUGCUGCAAAAGCAGGUGCUAAUUUCAUAGGGAUGAUAAUUUGGCCCAAUUCAAAACGUUCUGUAUCAAUCCAAGUGGCAUCAGAUAUUGCAAAGGCUGCAAGAGAAUACGGGGCAGAGCCAGUUGGUGUAUUUGUUGAUGAGGAUUCAGAUACAAUAUUGAGAUACUCUGAUGCAUCAGACAUUGAGAUUGUCCAGCUACAUGGAGAUGGUGCACGUGCUGCUCUUCCCUGUUUACUCCAAUGGUGCCGGGUAGUAUAUGUUCUGCAUGCUGAUGAAACUGGAAAGCUCAUAACAGGAACGCCAGAUGAUGAAUCCCUUGCUUCAGUUGAUUGGGUUCUGGUAGAUAGUGUUCAAGGUGGCAGUGGUAAAGGUUUUGACUGGGGAAAGUUUAAACUGCCUUCGAUUCAAAGUAAGCACGGCUGGCUGUUGGCAGGAGGCCUUAACCCAGACAAUGUUCGUCAAGCUAUUGAAAUUCUGAAACCUCAAGGGGUCGAUGUGAGCAGUGGUAUAUGUGCUUCAGAUGGACUUGCGAAAGACCUGAAAAAAAUAUCUGCCUUCAUGCAAAACGCAAGGACUGCGUGCUCAAUGACAUAGUCUCAGAAGCAGAAGGCAUCUUAAGAUUGUCUAGAAUUAGACCUGCCAAUGUUAAUGUACGAACAGAAUCCCCGGAAUGUUGCCAACAUCAGAUCUGAAAAACAUUGUGAAUGAAUUGAUUUUGAUA